UUCAGUAGUUGUUCGGGCGAAAAUCAUUUACGUGCUAAGGGCAUUACAGAAAUCUGACUCUUUUAGAGAAAAUUGGGUUCGUUUAAAAUUAUAAUUUUAAUUCAUCUGAAUAGGACAACAAAAACUCAUAGAUUUAUCCAAUACCAUGGCUUCUAAAAGGAUAAAUAAAGUUGCUUCAAUCGCCGAAAAGAAAUGCACCAACUCUGGUUAUGGGAAUACUUUUCUAGACGGUUUAAGUAAAAUGCGUGUCGGGCAAAAGCUCUGCGAUUUUUCUUUGGACGUACAAGGUGAAAUCAUCUAUGUUCACAAGGUCGCACUCGCUCUUGCUUCGGACUAUUUCGCAUCCAUGUUUGACAUUGAUAUGGAAGAAAAACGAAAAGGAGUUAUUAAAUUAAAGGACGUAGACAUAAUUACUAUACACACUCUCGUUGAGUACAUCUACAGUGGGGUUAUCACGCUCACCAAAGAGAACGUUGAAAACCUGCUUUCUAUAGCGGAUUUAUUUCAGAUCCUAUGGGUGAAAGAGCAAUGUGCUGAAUUCCUCAAACUCAGCGUAAAUCGAAAAAAUUGUUUUCGAAUACGAAAAUUUGCUGAUAUGCAUUGUUGUAAACAGUUGCUCGAUUUCAGCCACAAAUAUAUUUUAGACAACUUCCAUAACUUAACUGAUCAGGAAGAUUUGUUGCUGCUGCCAUUCGAAGAGUUCCAGAAUUUGAUAAAAGACGAACAAAGAAAAAAUUCAUUGCGAUUUGUAGAGAGUGCUUACAAAGCCUCAAUAAACUGGAUAAAACACGAUCUAGAAGAACGAAAAGUUCAUUUGAGAGAGUUAAUGAGUCAUAUUCGCUUAAUUUGUGUCAGCACUGGGUUUUUAAGAAAUCAAGUUGUAGCCGAACCUAUGUUUAUAGAGGAUCAACAGUGCGUUAAAUCCUUAAUUGAGGCUUUAAUUGAAAGAUGUUCAACAGAAAGCUGUUCAACGGAAAGACCUUCAACAGAAACAAAAAUUGUGAAAGAAAAGGUUUUUUUAUUUCUCGCCGGUGGUUUCAAGUUUACUGCCCUUAAUCAUUACGGCGAAACCCCUUUUCCCAAGAGAGCACGUUAUAAGUUUCCUCCAACGAAAUCUGCAUGUGAAAACUUCGAAGUUUACGAUGUUUCCAAAAACCAACUCGUUACUCUCUCAAAUAUGGCGCAAUCUAGAUAUGAUAACUCUGCAAUAUCCUUGAAUGGCGUUAUAUAUUCUGUAGGUGGAUGCGAUUCAAAUGGUGCAGAAUUGACUACCGCAGAGUGUUACUAUCCAUUUAAUAAAAAGUGGAAUAGUAUUGCACCUAUGACUGUUCGUCGAAGUAAUUUUGGGAUUUGUGCUUAUCAUGAAGCAUUUUAUGUUGUCGGUGGAACCUACACUACAAAUGUCGAAAAAUAUGAUCCUCCAAGUAAUCGGUGGGUACCAUGUCCAGCUAUACGAAGACACUGCCAACAAUGCACCCGCGCCGCACUCGCGGAGGGUAGCAUUUAUAGUUUCACCUAUGAUUCGUUUUUUCGUUUCGACCCAAGGGAGGGUCACUGGCAUACUUUAAAUGUGAUGAAAAAGCGACCUGGUAGAUUUGAACUUUUAUCGAAUGAUCGUUCGUUGUUUUGGAUUGGCAGCGACUACGCCCGCUUUGACAUACAAAUGAAUAAAUGGGAAGAGAUGGCGCCGCCAAAGUAUACGUAUAAAGACCGUUUUACGGCGGUGAUAGCAGCAGACAACAUUUAUCUAUUAGACGGAAGAGUAGAACGUUAUAGUGUCCUCGAAAAUGAGUGGACUACAGUCAAUGCCGAGCAAUUUGUAUACCUUGGCGGAGCGGGGGCGGCACUGACAGGACCUUUUGAUUUUAAUUAAACAAUGGAAACUUGGAAUGUUAAACAGAAUAAAGAAAUAAAACAACAA